AGGUCUCCUCUUGCAUCACUUUUUCAACCUCCCAAAUUCCCACGAUUGCUCCUGAGGUCCUUCCAUUUUCAGAAAAGGACGUAGAAGACAUGAAAAAUCAUAGCGCUUUAUUUUAUCCAUCACGUACACGUAUCACGUACAACACGUUCACGACAAUCUUCCAGUUCAUCAAUUUCUCCUUCGCACUGACUUCCAGUACAAAAGAACAUCAACAAGUUGUUGACAUCAACAACGACAAGUGACUCUCUUCUCUUCACUGACUCGUUGUCCCAACAAACAUCAAUAAAAAGGACAACAAAAUGGCUCCCCGCUAUGCCGCGAAGUGUGCUUUGGCCUUGGGCGUUUCGACGCCAAUUCUACUCGUAGAAGCGAUCAGCGCCAACAUGGACCACGACGAGCAGGAUGCGCCCAACUCCAUGAUGCUGAAAGACGAGGUCAAAGCCGAGGAAGAAGCCCCCCUGGACGUAGAUGAGGAGGCGGAAAAGGAGAAAGAACAGGAACAAGCUGCUCCACAAAGAAACUUCGGCUUUCUUCUAUGGCCGCUCUCAUAGUACUCAUCAAGAGUAAAGUAACUGCAAUUUUUUUACUUAUAGAUACUAGCCUGAAAUGUUGAAGAAUGGGCAUCAGAUCUUCAAGUUCCUACUAGUAGUGGUAGUAUUAGUAGUGUAAAACUACAACAUAAGAUCUACUGAUUAUUAUAAGUCCAAAAAAUCCCACCUGAAAAGCUUUAUAAGCUUAUUGUCCUCGUCGUCGUCCAUAUCAAAAUCCAAAGUCCGACGACGAGGACAAUAAGCUUCCUCUUCCAUACAUUUUCUUUCGGAGGUUUUGGGUUCGGGUGUUGGAGGUUUUGGGUUCGGGUGUUGGAGGUUUUGGUUUCCGAAGGGAAGUGUUUGCAAAGUUUUAUUGCUCUUAAUAUUGUCCUCGUCGUCGUCCAUAUCAAAGCUCUCUCUCUAUAUAGAUGGAAAUGUUAUUGUCCUCGUCGUCGUCCACUACCUCUUCUUCCAUACAUUUUCUUUCAAAGUGUACAUUUACCUAUGCUGAAUGCACGACCCCUGCCUCCUCCCGUUCUUCUUUUAAUCAUCGCUCCAGAGGGAUUUCUACAGAAGAUGUCUCCAGGCUCCUGGUUUUCUUGGGGCAAGAAGAACGCUGCUGACGAGGGGAAAACUGCCAGCAGUACGGAAAUCUCCUGUUUAGACGCCGUGAAUGGAUAGUAUUUUCACUUCUGAACUUAUUUUGAUAUUCUUUUUUUUGUCUGUAAGUAAGGUACCAAUCUUUUCCCUCUAUUCUUAGGUCUAUCACUACAUGCAAUUCUUUUGUGCUUAUAUUGUUAGGUCUGCUCCACCAACACUCUACUAAGGUUGGUCUACCUGAACCUGAUUAUUAUAUGAUCCGAUCACUCCGUCGACCAUUAGGGGUUCUUUUACACGACUAGAUGAUCACCAUCAACUCAAUUCUGUCAACUGCACCUACAACUACCACACCUACAACUACCACACCUACAACUACCACACCUACAACUACCACACCUAAAACUGCCACACCUACUUACAACUACAACUACAACUACACGACGAAAGAUCUCGACUUGGACGAGCAAGCAUGGUAGAAAAUGGUAGUGCUGCGCGUCUUUGAGUGGAAAGCAAACUCAGACGUUGAAAGAUGGCUGCUCUUGCAUCAUGUCGUCGUGAGAAUUGACCCUCCUUUAUCACCACCUAGAACUACAACACAAUGAGCACGUCCUUGAUAAUCAACACCUAUCCUAUCCUUGAUCAACAGUGGUGGUCAAACUCUCGGAGGUCCUGGGCGUUUGAAAAAAUUGUGCGGUGGCGAUUACAAUCCUCAAGGGCAGGUGCCGAAAGGGGAAUGGGAACAAAUGAAUUCGAUAGGAAAAAGAAUUUCCCGUACGGCGGACGUGGAUACCACUGGAUUUAUGGAAGACGAGAAGGUUGAUGUAAGAUAGAUCAAUUCAAAUUUAGUAAUAAAAAGAAAUCCAUGAUUGACUUAGCAGGUGGUCCAGCGACGCUCAAAGCACUAAAAAGGAUAACAACUUCUACCGGUUAUCUUUUCCUCUAAUCUUAGGCUUAUCCCUUCAAGCAAGUAAUAAAAAAAAAAGAAACUACAAGAAGUAGUGCAGCCGGUUAAUAGUUGGAUUCUCUCAUUAUACUAGGUAGCUAGCGCCUCCAUCUAAAGUAAUACGGCAAGAGUAAGAAUGAUCCUCAUCAGGCACAUCAAUCAAGGAGUGAUCUUCAUCCUCAUCCUACCCUCAGCCUCACCCUUAGAAGAGUGAGAAUGAUUUUUAUGAUUGUCCUCCUAGUACCCCUAGGUCAUCUUACCCUUUGUCAGGCACAUCAAUGAAGCAAUCAAUGAAUCUCUAAUGCUACCUGGAAAAAAUCGGACGACUUGCUGAAGCAAUACUGCUGCGCUGCACCAUGCGGUUGCGACGGAGAGUGUGGCCUGGAUGACACGAUUCCGGUUCUCAAUCAGUAGUUGAGAUUCUCCUAGAAAUAGAAUUCAAGAUUUAUCCAAGAUGAGCUUGUUCUUGAGUCUUGUUAAACGGUACUAAACAAGGUAGAGUUAGUAGUCAGUAGUAGUUCUUGUUGCAUAGAAAUUGUUGUGCUUGACGAUUUGCCACUCAGAAGAAAAAUUUAUCCGCAUUUGUACUAUAGAUGAGAUAGAUCAUAGGUACGAGGUAAUGAAAAUUGGAGCAAGAAUUUGAAACAAACAGAAAAAAUUGUAGUCCAUAUAUUUAUAACCAUUCACUUAUACAGAUUAUUCUUGAGAAAAAAUAGAGUUACAAGAACAAGUAGUACAAGAACUGGUAUGCUGCUUGUUGAAUUUCAAAAUAAGAAAACAUACUUCCUUCCUUUCUUCAUUGUUAAAUAUUGUCAUAUUUGUGAAGUUGUUGUCGCGGGUGUACACCUUCAUCUUCCAACCAAAAAUGAAAAUCAAUCUAGCGGACGUAUGACAGUCGCAAUCUAUCUUCAUUUUAACAGAGAAAUACCAGAAAGGCUAAUGACUGCAAGGAGCAACUGUCUUCAACAUUUGGAUUUGAAAUAAUAUGUAGUAGAACAAACUGUACAAAUCGUAAAUUUACUCGGUACUAGCCGCGUUUUCGUUUCACAUUCACAUAACCGAUUAGUGAUACAAGAAAGAGCAUAUCUGUAACAAUCAAAAAUAAGACGCGAUAAGCAUCGAUGAACACCAACAAUAUACAAAUCAUUGGUCUAGUACACGCAGCUGCUGAG